AAAUAGACGGAGAACCAACCUAAUUUGUCUUUUUCUAUAGUUCUGGGUUCGAUUUUUUAUGGGAUAGCAUACUCACUUAAGUACAUUAUAGAGUUCUAGACGAUGAGCCAAAACAUCUGAUUUGAUAAACAUGGCAAUGUUGAAAGGAUAUGUUUCGGCUAUUUGCAAUAUUUUACCAACAAAUAUAAAUUUAUUGGGAUAUAACCAAGUGCGAAACUUUAUUGGUCACAGACAGUUGCGUGACAGAAAGCGUAGAAGAUAUGCAGAGCAAUAUGCUGAAGAGCGAUUGAGAUUGGUUGCCUUAAAGCGAAAUAAUAUCUUACCACUAGAUAUAAUAAAACUUGCUGGAAAACAAAUAGAUAAAACAAUUCCCAGACAAACUGCUCUGAGACAAUUGACGCCAAGGUGCGUGGUAACUGGUCGAGCUUAUGGUACAGUGCAUCGAUGGAGAAUAUCGCGAUUCAUCUUUCGCUAUUUAGUUGAUCAUAAUAAAAUGGCUGGAGUACAACGUGCCAUUUGGUAAAUCAGUAUACAUCAAGUUAUUAUACUUUUCAAGCUAUUAUACAUUAUAUUUGAAUAUUAAUAUAGCUUAUAUAUAAUACAUAAAUAG